UCGAUGCUGGAAUAAUUCCUGAUUUUAUUAGGGGUUGUCAUUUGCCUAGCUAAGGAAGACCGUGUCUUGGUACGGGCCUUGAGACUAUCCAAAUGCCACCACGCAAAUUUAUAAUAACGUGAUUGUGCCAUGAUAUAUGUCAGUGCUAACUUUUCAACUGUUCUUGUUCAUCCCCCAGCUACCAACUUGUUACGAAUGCUGACCUUUUUCAGUCCCAAUUUGAUCACGAUAGCUCGCUCACGAUAAAAACUGUGGGAUAAUCGAUUCCGCUCUUAGUGAAAAACCGUUUUUUCUCAGUGGAAAAAUUCUUCGAUUUUUACGUGCAGGAAUUUUUUUUUUUUGAAUCAUGGAACAACCGCCUGUACAGGUGGACCAUCGCAUGGACUUUUUGGGUAGUUUCGUGCAGAAAACGCUGAAGUUGAAGCCGGAAAAAUGGACCAGAAUGAUGUCCACUGAAGAGCAUAAAGCAGUGGUGAUGAAAUUUUUAGAGAGACCUUUUCCGAUAACACUCAUUGUUGUGUUAACACCAGCUGCUCAGCUGGUAGCAUUCAAUUCUUUUCCCUUACCCCAACUGAAGAAUAAAGGAGUUUACUUUGUCAAAAAGGCUGUAGUUGCAGUUUCGAAAGCAGCACCAGGUGAAACAAUUGUUGCUGGUGAUCUUUCUUGUAAAGUUAUUGACCAGUUAGCAUCCUUAGUUGAUGAGAUUUUAGUACCAGUUCUUUCAAACACCUCCAAUCACGAUAUAUGGCCAACUGUUAUUGCCAAAGAUAUACAAAAGCAUGUUCAUAGCCUUAAGAGUACCGUUUAUCAAGUCAAAGGACAGGUUAAUGGACAAACUGUUUUGCCAAUGCCUGUUGGGGUUGAGAAAGUCCAUGAAGCUGAACGAAUUUUGAAGGAAAGCUGUGGUGAAGAAUGCGACCUCUACUUGAAAAGCGCGAUUGAAGGUGUUGUUAUAAAGUGGGCAUCUUUAGUUAAUGAUGUUUUGGUUAAUGACUGUGCUGAGAAAGUUGGCAAUAUUGCAAAUCCAACACCUUCAUAUGAGUUAGAUUUUUGGGAUUCAAGACUCAAAAAUCUCUGGUAUAUUUAUGAACAGCUUAAGGAAGCCAAAGUGAGGAGCAUGGCCUCUAUUUUAGAGAUAACAAACAGCGCUUAUUUCAGUUGUUUCAAAGCUGUUUUCAAAAACGUCGUUAUGGCUUUGGCUGAAGCUAGAGAAAUCCAUUUGUAUUAUCAACCUUUGAAGAAACACCUAGCCACAUUUGAAGAAACUGAUUUCAGUGAGUGUAUACCACUGUUGGAACCCAUUAUGGUAGUUUUGUGUUUGAUUUGGGCUAACUGCAAAUACUGCGAUCAAGUUCGGAUAAUAAUUUUACUCAAGCAGAUAUGCAAUCUCCUGAUUUUAGAGGGUAAAAAAUUCCUGGAUCCAACAACACUUUUCCACAGCGAUAUAGAUGAAGCGAUGCAACGUGUUGGUCUUUGUAUACAGACAUUAAAGCAUUUCAUAAAGUCCUUCCAAAGGUGCAAGAGAAACUUAUCCCAGUUCUUUAAAGAAAGAGAACCUCAACCCUGGAGUUUUCACCCAGACAUGGUCUUUGGGCGUUUUAAUGCUUUUUUGGAAAGAUUGAAUACGAUACAGUGGUUCUUCAACACCGUCCUCGAAUUCAAUAAGCUUGAAAAAAUCGAAAUAGGUGGAGUGAAAGGUAGAGGUUUGAGUAGCAGAUUGACUGAAGUAUAUGCCGAGUUCCAGCAAAGUUUUUCUAUUUUUUCUGGUAAAUCGUACGAUGUACUGGAUCCCGACGAUCUAGCUUUCCUUGAUGAUUUCCGAAGUUUCAAGCAGAACAUUUUCGAGAUGGAUAUGAAAUUAUCUGCCAUUUUAUGCCAAGCUUUAGAAGACUGCAACAACUUAGACGCUGUGUUUAAGUUGAUUAGUAUUUGUGGUUCGAUUUUGGAGAGACCAAUGAUAAAGACUGAGUUUACGUUGAGGUACAAAAAAAUUAUAGAGAUGUUGUAUGAUGAACUGGAGGCAACAGAGCAUUUUUUCCAAGAACAACAGGCCUUUAAAGAGAAAUUUGGACAAUUUACCCUUGAUCGAUAUAUGCCACCUGUUGCUGGAACAUUGAGAUGGAUGCAAAGCCUGUGUACGAGAUUAAAUGGACAAAUUGAAACUUUCCAGGCUCUACAGCAUCCCAUAACAAAAUCUGAAGAAGCCGAAGAUAUUCAUAAAAAGAACCAGAUGUUUCAAGAUAAAAUUUUUGCAUAUAAAGUGAAACUAUUCGAUGAGUGGGCUUUAGCUAUACCGGAACAAAUUGAGAAUAAUAUGAAGAAAAAUUUGUUUAUCAAGGACCCAAAAACUAAAGAAAUCCGAUUGAAUUUCAGUCCAGAAUUAUCAGCAAUUCUGCGAGAAGUCCAUUAUUUAAAACUGAUGGAAACAGAAGGAAUACCAGAAACAGCUUUAGAUUUCGAAAAAGGAAGUGAAGUGAUGAGGAAAUUUACAGAAAAACUUGGUUUGACUUUGAGAUGGUACAACCAAAUAAGAAAAACGACCCAAGAUGUUGAAUUUGAACUGAUAGCAAAUGAAAUUUUAAAAAUCGACACGCUUAUCGACAAAGGCCAAAAGGAACUCAUAUGGACAUCUGAAGGCAUAACAGAUUACAUGACCACCCUUCAUGGAUUAGUGGAGAAUCUACAAGAUCAUCUUCAAAAAAGCAAAAAUAAUUUACUAGCCAUAAAAAAUGCUUUGAUACCAUUCGCAAGACAACCUCUUUUUGAAAGGAAGGAUGGAAGAAAGGACACUUGCCUCAAUAUUGAAGGCAGAGAAGAAAGAAUUGCUAAGAAAUAUUGUGAAAUAGAAAGAGAAGCGCAGAAAAUCAAAGAAUUACUCGACGAAAAUAUGCAUAUCUUCAAAAUGGAAGGCGAUUGUGAGAGCGCAACAUGGAAAAAUUACAUAGACCAUGUCGACAGUAUUGUAUUCAGUUAUCUGUAUCAAAGCGUUGGCUGUAGUUUGGGAUACAUAAACGAACAUAUGGACCCUACAAAUGAACUUCCAGCCUUGUUCGAAGCUCAGUUAGUUCUCAGAGAACCAGCUAUUGUUUUCGUGCCAUCAUUGGAUCCACAAGGUCACAACGGCUUGAAGAAAUUAAUCGACGGAUUGUUAGUGGAUAUUCUGAAUAUCGCCUCAGUAGUUGAAAGAUUCUCAAAAACAAAAACCCUCAGUUACUUGGAAGAAAUAAGUGCAAACGCAGAUAUACUUGACAUGAAAAUGGAUAUUUUGAUCAACGUUGAUCAUGUUAUAGAAAAUGCCUACGAGUUUUGUGACAAUUUUGAGAACUAUGCGUACCUGUGGCUAGACAAUAGGGAUCAUUAUUUGAAACAGUUCCUUACGUACAGCAGACAGUUGAAUAACGAGGAAAACGAGUUGGUUAUACUGAAAGAUUCUAUGGCACCCAAACCUAAGCCUCCUAAAAUGGAGCAGUUCAGAGAACAGAUCGAUAAUUUCGAAAAUCUCUUCAACGAAGUUGAAAGGAUGAAAACUGAAGAAAUAUUCAAUGCGUGGUUCAAAGUUGAUAUAAAACCUUUCAAGCAAGCACUUUUGAACAUUAUAAGAAAAUGGGGUAACAUGUUCAAAGAACACUUGGUAGAUAACGUAACCAAUAGUUUAACUGAUUUGGGGAAGUUUAUAAGAUCAGCAGAUGAAGGUCUUCAACAAACAGUUCAAGAAGGUGAUUAUCAAGCUCUGGUUAAUGUUAUGGGUUUCCUCCUGAAUGUGAAAGAGCGUCAAGUCACCACAGAUGAUAUGUUUGGUCCUCUAAGAGAGACCAUAGAAUUACUGCAAUUUUACGAUCAAGACAUUCCAGAGGAAGUUCAUGUGUAUCUUCAAGAACUUCCAGAGCAAUGGGCCAAUACCAAGAAAAUUGCAGUAACAGUCAAGCAACAAGUAGCUCCUCUGCAAGCUGCUGAGGUUACUUUCAUCAGAAGAAGAAUUUUGGAUUUCGAUACGAAAAUACUUCAUUACAGGGAAGUGUUCAAAAAAUACCGAUUCUUCUAUUUUUCUUGUAAGGAACCUUAUAAAUUAAUAGAUAGAAUCAACCAGGAUCUAGAGAAAUUUGAACACCAAAUGAGGAAAAUACACGAGUCUGGUUCCCUUUUCGAAGUGUCUGUUCCAGAUUUUAAAAUACUCAAACAGUGUCGAAAAGAUAUGAAAAUGUUGAAGCACCUAUGGGACUUUAUCUACAUAGUACAAACAUGCGUUGAUGAUUGGAAAACUACUCCUUGGCGGAAAAUAGAUGUAGAAAAUAUGGAUAUUGAAUGUAAAAAGUUUGCCAAAGAAAUAAGAAUGUUAGACAAAGAGAUGAGGGGUUGGAAUACAUAUACAGGUUUGGAAGGGACAGUUAAAAAUACACUAACAUCUUUGAAAGCAGUCGGAGAAUUACAAAAUCCAGCCAUAAGACAAAGGCACUGGAAUCAAUUGAUGAAGUCCACGAAGACUUUAGCAGCUCUUCCGCCAGAAUUUACAACGAAGAUUGUUAUGGAUCACAACACAACUCUGGCAGAUUUGCUCGAGUUGAAUCUACAUGAAUGUGAAGAAGAAGUCAAAAACAUAGUAGAUAAAGCUGUUAAGGAAAUGUCUAUGGAGAAAACGUUGAGAGAGCUAGAUUCGACUUGGUCAUCUAUGAAAUUCGAAAAUGAAACUCACGCAAGAACUGGAUGUAAAUUAUUGAAGGCUAGCGAAGAACUGAUAGAAACACUUGAGGACAACCAAGUACAACUUCAGAACCUUAUAACGUCCAAAUUCAUUGCAUAUUUCCUAGAAGAAGUGUCGACAUGGCAGAACAAAUUGAGCUUAGCUGAUCAAGUGAUCACGAUAUGGUUUGAGGUGCAGAGAACUUGGAUUCACCUAGAGUCAAUUUUCAUGAGUUCUGAAGAUAUAAGAAAGCAACUCCCAGAAGAUUCAGCUAGAUUCGACGAAAUUGAUAAGGAUUUCAAAGAACUGAUGUUGGAGAUGGAGAAAACGCUGAACGUUAUUGAAGCUACGAAUACACCUGGAUUAUUCGAUAGUUUAGAGAAAAUACAACAGAAAUUGAUUCUUUGUGAGAAGGCUUUAGCUGUGUACCUUGAGACUAAACGUCUGGCAUUCCCUAGAUUUUAUUUUGUUUCUUCAGCAGAUCUUUUAGAUAUUUUAUCCAAUGGGAAUCAACCUGAAUUAGUUGCAAAACAUCUGACGAAACUUUUCGACUCUAUAGCCAGACUUAACUUUGAGAGGAAUGAAGAUGAAUCCUUAACCAAAGUUAUUUUUGGCAUGCAUGCUAAAGAUGGGGAGUAUGUGAAAUUUGAUAAGGAUACAGACUGUAAUGGACCGGUCGAGGUUUGGUUGAAUAAAAUUCAAGACUCUAUGAGAUCUACGAUUCGUAUCUCCAUAGGUGAAGGUGUGACAACUUAUGAAGAGAAAGCAAGAGAUCUUUGGAUAUUCGAUUUUCCUGCUCAGGUUUCUUUAUGUGGUACCCAAAUUUGGUGGACAACCGAGGUCAACAUCGCGUUUUCUCGUCUUGAAGAAGGAUACGACAAUGCUUUGAGGGACUAUUACAAAAAACAAGUCUCCCAACUCAGCAUAUUGAUUUCGCACUUACUUGGAGACUUGACCAAACAAAAUCGACAAAAAAUCAUGACGAUAUGUACGAUUGAUGUUCACUCAAGAGAUGUAGUCAGUAAGCUCAUUCAAAUGAAAGUGGAAAGUUCUUCGGCUUUCCAAUGGGUUUCCCAAUUAAGACACAGGUGGGGAGAAGCGGAAGCUAAUUGUUUUGCCAAUAUUUGCGAUGCACAAUUCACUUAUAGCUACGAAUAUCUUGGAAAUACUCCACGUCUUGUUAUAACACCUUUGACAGAUAGAUGCUACAUAACUCUCACACAGUCUCUCCAUUUGGUUAUGGGAGGUGGGCCAGCAGGACCUGCAGGAACUGGUAAAACCGAAACAACAAAAGAUUUGGGAAGAGCUCUAGGAAUUAUGGUAUAUGUAUUCAACUGUUCCGAACAAAUGGACUACAAGUCCUGCGGUAAUAUCUACAAAGGUCUUGCCCAAACUGGUGCUUGGGGUUGUUUUGACGAAUUCAACAGGAUAUCAGUGGAGGUAUUGUCAGUAGUUGCUGUGCAAGUGAAAUCUGUACUAGACGCGAUCAAAAACAAAAAAUCCAACUUCGAUUUCAUGGGAGAACAAAUAUCUUUGGUACCAACUGUGGGUAUAUUCAUAACAAUGAAUCCUGGUUACGCUGGUAGGACUGAAUUGCCGGAAAAUCUGAAGGCUUUAUUCAGGCCAUGUGCGAUGGUUGUACCCGAUUUCGAAUUGAUUUGCGAAAUAAUGUUGGUAGCUGAAGGUUUCCAAGAAGCUAAAAUUCUUGCAAGAAAAUUUAUAACCCUCUACACAUUAUGUAAAGAACUUCUUUCAAAACAAGAUCAUUACGAUUGGGGUUUGAGAGCUAUCAAGUCGGUCCUAGUGGUUGCAGGGUCAUUGAAAAGAGGAGACCCAGGAAGGCCAGAAGAAGAGGUCCUCAUGAGAGCUUUACGUGAUUUCAAUAUCCCAAAGAUCGUAACUGAUGAUACUCCUGUGUUCAUGGGUCUCAUUGGUGAUCUUUUUCCUGCCUUAGAAGUACCCAGAAAGAGAGACGCAGAGUUUGAAAGAACAGUAAAGCAAGCUGCAAUUGAUCUUCAACUACAACCCGAAGAUAAUUUCAUAUUAAAAGUUGUUCAACUCGAAGAGCUGUUGGAAGUGAGGCAUUCCGUUUUUAUUGUAGGAAACGCAGGAACAGGAAAGACUCAAGUGUGGAAAUCCUUAUUCAAGACCUAUUUCAACAUUAAGAGGAAGCCUGUGUAUAAUGAUUUGAACCCAAAAGCAGUGACGAAUGACGAACUCUUUGGUAUUAUAAAUCCUGCAACUAGGGAAUGGAAGGAUGGUCUAUUAUCUGUUUUGAUGAGAGAUCAAGCUAACCUUUCAGGAGAAAAUCCAAAAUGGAUUGUCCUUGAUGGUGAUAUUGAUCCAAUGUGGAUAGAAUCCUUGAACACUGUUAUGGAUGACAAUAAAGUACUUACAUUAGCUAGCAAUGAACGCAUAGCGUUAACACCUGCUAUGCGAUUGUUAUUUGAAAUAUCGAAUUUGAGGACUGCCACACCAGCAACUGUUUCCAGGGCUGGUAUACUAUACAUAAAUCCUCAAGAUCUUGGCUGGAAUCCAUUUGUAACCAGUUGGAUGGAAACACGAACCAAUCCUUCUGAAAAAUCUAACUUGAUCAUGCUUUUUGAUAAAUACAUCCCGAUAUGCCUAGAGAACGUACGUACUCGUUUCAAAAAAAUAAUACCAAUUGUUGAAACUGCUCAUAUUGAAAUGCUCUGCCACCUAUUAGAAUGUUUGCUAGUACCUCAACAUACACCUGCUGACUGCCCAAAAGAAUGGUUUGAGCUGUAUUUCGUAUUCUGCUGCGUUUGGGCAUUUGGUUCUGCUAUGUAUCAGGAACAGGCCACGGAUUAUCGUGUAGAAUUCACAAAAUGGUGGGUAAACGAAUUCAAGACGGUGAAAUUUCCUGCUGGAGGCACAGUAUUUGAUUACUUCAUUGAUUCGGAAACUAAACAAUUCGUUCCAUGGUCUGAAAGUUUGGGAAGGUUUGAGUUAGACCCUGAUAUGCCCUUACAGGCUGUUUUGGUGCAUACGGCCGAGUCCAUCAGAAUUCGUUACUUCCUGAACCUCUUGAUGGAUAAAAAACAUCCUGUUAUGUUGGUUGGAAAUGCAGGCUGUGGAAAAACUGUAUUGGUCUCGGAAAAAUUAUCGUCUCUUUCUGAUAAUUAUAUGAUCACUAAUGUGCCAUUCAAUUUCUACACUAGCUCUGAGAUGCUGCAAAAAAUAUUGGAAAAACCUUUGGAGAAGAAAGCUGGAAGGAAUUACGGUCCACCAGGAAAUAAAACUCUAAUUUACUUCAUCGAUGAUAUCAAUAUGCCGGAAGUAGACACUUAUGGUACAGUACAACCUCAUACCUUAAUUCGUCAGCAUUUGGAUUACCACCAUUGGUACGAUAGAAAUAAGUUGUCAUUGAAAGAGAUUAGAAACUGCCAGUACGUUUCUUGUAUGAAUCCAACAGCUGGUAGCUUCACCAUCAAUCCAAGAUUGCAAAGACAUUUUUAUGUUUUUGCCAUAAGUUUUCCUGGUACAGAAUCCUUAACCACCAUCUACAAUGCAGUUUUAAGUCAGCAUUUGACAAAUCCAGAACAUAAGUUUCCCUCGAUUGUCGGGAAAUUAUCGGAAAAUAUUGUGGCAGCAUCUAUCGCUCUUCAUCAUAAAGCUUCGCAGAUUUUUCUGCCAACUGCGAUUAAAUUUCAUUAUAUAUUCAACUUGAGGGACAUCUCAAAUGUUUUCCAGGGAUUACUAUUCUCGACAAAUGACUGUUUGAACCAACCGAUGGAUUUGAUAAGACUUUGGUUGCAUGAAGCUCAAAGGGUUUAUGGUGAUAAGCUUAUUGAGGAAAAAGAUCUAGAUGCCUUCACCAAAUUCCAAUUGGACGUUUUGAAGAAAAACUUCGAGGAAAUGGACGAAUCACUUAUUUUUGAAAAACCAAACAUAUACUGCCAUUUUGCUGGAGGAAUAGGUGAACCUAAAUAUAUGCCAAUCACCAAUUGGUCUAAGUUGAACCGUCUAUUGACAGAAGCAAUGUCUAGUUAUAACGAUCUUGUAGCAGCUAUGAACUUGGUAUUAUUUGAAGAUGCAAUGAUGCACGUUUGUCGUAUUAACAGAAUCCUGGAAUCGCCUAGAGGUAGUGCUUUGCUGGUAGGCGUAGGAGGAAGUGGUAAGCAGUCUCUCUCAAGAUUGGCGGCUUUUAUUUCUUCCUUAGAAGUAUUCCAAUUGCAACUGAAGAAAGGAUAUGGAGUUCUCGAUCUUAGAAAAGAACUGUCUUCUCUUUACUUGAAAACCGGUCUUAAGAACGUUGGCAUAAUGUUUUUGAUGACAGAUGCUCAAGUACCAAAUGAACAAUUUUUGGUUUUGAUAAAUGAUAUGUUAGCCUCUGGAGAAGUACCUGAUAUGUUUCCAGAUGAUGAAAUAGAAAAUAUUAUAGCAGGAGUAAGAAAUGAAGUGAAAGGAGCAGGAAUGUUGGAUACACGUGAGAAUAGCUGGAAGUUCUUCAUCGACAGAGUAAGAAGGCAGCUGAAGGUGGUUUUGUGCUUUUCACCAGUUGGUUCAACGUUACGAGUUAGAUCGAGAAAAUUUCCAGCCAUCAUUAAUUGCACUCAGAUCAACUGGUUCCACGAAUGGCCUCAAGAAGCUUUGGUUUCAGUAUCUCUAAGAUUUUUAGGCGAGAUUUCCGUUUUACCUGAAUCUGUACGGGAAUCUGUGGCCAGAUUCAUGGCAUAUGCUCAUACAUCGGUCAAUGCUACCUCAAAGUUAUACCUACAAAAUGAAAGGAGAUACAACUACACAACUCCAAAAUCAUACCUGGAACAAAUAAAUUUGUAUUCGAAACUGUUGCAUCAAAAAUCUGACGAAUUACAGAGUAAGAUUGGACGUUUAGAAAACGGUCUGGAUAAAUUACGAAGUACCGCAUCUCAGGUAGAUGAGCUCAAAAAAAAACUUGCAAUUCAAGAGAUUGAACUCAAAGAAAAAAAUGAUGCAGCCGAUGCUCUGAUAGAAAUAGUCGGCAUCGAAACUGAAAAAGUAUCAAUAGAAAAGAAUUUGGCUGAUGAAGAAGAGGAGAAGGUUGCUCUGAUAGCAGAAGAAGUAAGCAAGAAACAGAAAGACUGCGAGGAAGAUCUUCUUAAGGCAGAGCCUGCACUUAUUGCAGCACAAGAGGCUUUGAACACCCUCAAUAAAGCGAACUUAACUGAAUUGAAAUCGUUUGGAUCUCCUCCUGGAGUUGUAACUAAUGUUACAGCAGCAGUUAUGGUGCUUCUUUCUCCAGGAGGCAAGAUACCUAAAGACAAGAGCUGGAAGGCCGCAAAGAUUAUGAUGGCAAAAGUUGACGCGUUUUUGGAUGCUUUGAUAACUUACGACAAGGAAAACAUUCACCCCGAAGUUAUUAAAGCGAUAGAGCCGUAUCUAAAAGAUUCAGAGUUUGAGCCUGAAUUUGUCCGAUCUAAAUCUGCAGCUGCAGCUGGUUUAUGCGCAUGGGUCAUUAAUAUAAUUAAAUUCUUCGAAGUUUAUUGUGAUGUCGAACCAAAAAGGAAAGCCUUGGCUGCUGCAAAUGCUGAGUUAGCAGCUGCCCAAGAGAAACUGAGUGGAAUAAAGAGGAAAGUUGCUUCUCUAGAGGAACAAUUAGCGAAGUUGACUGCUGAUUUUGAAAAAGCAACAACAGAAAAGUUAUUAUGCCAGCAAGAAGCUGACGCAACAAAUGCAACAAUUCAGUUGGCAAACCGUUUGGUUGGUGGUUUAGCCAGUGAAAAUGUUCGAUGGGCUGAGGCUGUUGGCAAUUUCAUGAUUCAAGGUCAAAUGCUACCAGGAGAUGUACUCUUGGUCACGGCAUUCAUUUCCUAUGUUGGUUGUUUUACAAAACAAUAUAGACAGGAUCUUCUGCAUAAGAUGUGGCUCCCUUUCACAAAAACCUUAGAUCCUGCUGUUCCAAUAACUGAAGAUCUAGAUCCAUUAACCCUCUUAACUGACGAUACCCAAAUAGCUAAGUGGAACAAUGAAGGACUACCAAGUGACCGAAUGUCUACUGAAAACGCUACAAUCUUAUCUAAUUCUGAUCGUUGGCCUUUAAUGAUAGAUCCACAGUUACAAGGAAUCAAAUGGAUCAAACAGAAGUACGGUGACGAUUUAAAAAUAAUCCGAUUGGGACAAAAAGGUUAUUUGGACACUAUCGAAAAAUCUAUCACAGUUGGAGCAACAGUUCUUGUGGAAAAUAUUGAAGAAAGUCUAGAUCCUGUUUUGGAUAGUUUGCUUGGCAGAAAUCUUAUCAAAAAAGGAAAGGUAAUAAAGCUCGGUGAUAAAGAAGUUGAAUACAAUUCAAAUUUCCGCCUGAUAUUACACACAAAACUAGCAAAUCCCCACUACAAGCCAGAAAUGCAGGCUCAAACAACACUGAUAAACUUCACAGUUACAAGAGAUGGCUUAGAAGAUCAACUUUUAGCCGAGGUGGUUAAAGCUGAAAGACCAGACUUGGAAGAGUUAAAGGCAGAGUUGACAAAGCAACAAAACGACUUCAAAAUUAUGUUGAAAUCUCUUGAAGAUGAUUUAUUGUCAAGAUUAUCAUCAGCUGGAGGAAAUCUUCUUGGGGAUACAACUUUAGUUGAAAAUCUAGAAACGACAAAGAGAACAGCUGCAGAAAUCGAAGAAAAAGUUUCAGAAGCCAAAAUUACAUCUGUUAAAAUCGAUCAAGCUAGAGAACAUUAUAGACCAGCAGCAGCUAGAGCAAGUUUAUUGUAUUUCAUACUUAAUGACUUGAAUACGAUUAAUCCCAUAUAUCAGUUUUCUUUGAAGGCUUUCAGUGUGGUUUUCCAAAAAGCUAUAGCUAAAGCUAAUCCUGCAGAAGUGGUUGCUCAACGAGUUGAGAACUUAAUAGAUUGCAUAUCUUUCUCUGUCUUUCAAUACACGACCAGAGGCCUCUUCGAAUGUGACAAGUUAAUAUUUUCUUCCCAAAUGACAUUUCAGAUUUUAUUGAUGAAUGAGGAAAUAUCAUCCACUGAACUUGAUUUUCUUCUGAGAUUUCCUCUUAAACCUCACGUAACCAGUCCAGUGGAUUUCCUUUCAAAUUCGAGUUGGGGUGGUAUUUGCAGUUUAGCAACCAAAGAUGAAUUCAGAAAUUUAGACAGAGAUCUAGAAAACUCCUCUAAAAGAUGGAAAAAACUUGUCGAAUCAGAAUGCCCGGAAAAGGAAAAGUUUCCACAGGAAUGGAAAAACAAAACAGCUUUGCAAAGACUCUGCAUGAUGAGAGCUUUGAGACCAGACAGAAUGAUAUAUGCCGUAAUGACAUUCAUCGAAGAGAAAUUGGGACCUAAAUACGUAGAUAACAAAACCAUGGAAUUUGAGAAAUCAUACGAAGAAACCAGUCCGUCAACACCCAUUUUCUUCAUUUUAUCGCCAGGCGUUAACCCUCUGAAAGAUGUCGAAGAGCUUGGAGAACGAUUAGGAUUCACGUCAGACAACCAAAAUUUCCAUAAUGUUUCUCUUGGUCAAGGACAAGAAGUGGUAGCAGAGAGGGCUAUGAAGAUUGCAGCUGAAAACGGGCACUGGGUAGUCCUACAGAAUAUUCAUUUGGUUAAAAAAUGGUUACCCAAUCUGGAAAAGCUCUUGGAGAAAUACUCCGAAGGUUCACAUGCAAAUUACAGAUUAUUCAUGAGCGCUGAGCCUGCUGCGACUGCAGCUGCUCACAUUUUGCCACAGGGAAUACUGGAAUCGUCCAUAAAGAUCACGAAUGAACCACCUACAGGUAUGCAAGCCAAUUUACAUAAGGCACUUACGAAUUUCAAUCAAGAAACCUUGGAACAAUGUGGAAAAGAAGCAGAAUUCAAGGUUAUUCUAUUCUCCUUAUGCUACUUCCACGCUGUGGUUGCUGAAAGAAGGAAGUUUGGACCUCAAGGUUGGAACAAAGUCUAUCCUUUCAAUGUUGGAGAUCUAAACAUUAGCGUCUUCGUCCUAUAUAACUAUUUGGAAGCAAAUUCAAAAGUACCUUGGGAGGAUCUGAGAUAUUUAUUUGGUGAAAUUAUGUAUGGUGGGCAUAUUACUGAUGAUUGGGACAGAAAACUUUGCAUAACUUACCUUGAGGAACUUCUACAACCUGAUUUGGUCGAUGGAGAGUUGCUAUUGGCACCAAAUUUUCCAGCUCCUCCAAAUACAGAUUAUGUUGGUUAUCAUCAAUAUAUAGACGACUUCAUGCCACCAGAAUCACCAUAUCUAUACGGUUUGCAUCCUAACGCAGAGAUAGGUUUUUUGACGACUACUGCAGAGAAUUUAUUCAAGACUGUAUUCGAAAUGCAGCCCAGAGAUGUGGGUUCUUCUGGUGGAGCUACAGUAACAAGAGAAGAUAAGGUCAAACAAAUUGUGGAUGAGAUGAUAGAAAAACUUCCAGAAGACUUCAAUAUGCUUGAGAUCAUGGGUAAAGUUGAGGAGAGAACACCGUACGUUAUUGUUGCGUUUCAAGAAUGCGAACGGAUGAAUUAUUUAACAGGAGAAGUGAAACGAUCCCUCAAAGAACUCGACUUGGGCUUGAAAGGAGAACUUACGAUAACAUCUGAUAUGGAGGACCUUGAAAAUGCACUGUUUUUGGAUCAGGUAUCACCAAUGUGGGCACAAAGAGCCUACCCAUCUCUACUGGGUCUGACAGCUUGGUUCGCAGAUCUUUUGCUUAGAAUAAGAGAAUUGGAAACUUGGUGCACUGAUUUUGUGUUACCUUCAUCUGUAUGGUUGGGGGGCUUUUUCAAUCCGCAAAGUCUUCUAACAGCAAUAAUGCAGAGUACAGCAAGAAGAAAUGAAUUACCUCUAGAUAAAAUGUGUCUUCAAUGUGAUGUUACGAAAAAACAAAAGGAAGAAUUUACAUCUGCACCCAGGGAUGGUGCUUACAUCCAUGGAUUAUUCAUGGAAGGGGCUAGGUGGGAUGUUCAAGCAGGUAUUAUUAUGGAUUCAAGGCUCAAAGAACUAUUUCCUCCAAUGCCGGUGAUAAAUGUAAGAGCGAUAACACAGGAUAAACAAGACUUAAGAAAUAUGUACGAAUGUCCAGUCUAUAAAACAAGAACCAGAGGCCCAACAUACAUAUGGACUUUCAAUUUGAAGACAAAAGAUAAACCAGCUAAAUGGACUUUAGCUGGAGUCGCUUUGUUGUUACAAAUAUAAAAUUACAAAAUA